AUGUAUAUUAAUCACUAUUUUGUUUAUGCGAAUGAUGGAGAAGAUCUUGGAGCAGAAGCAAGAGAGCUUAAUGGAGUCGAAGUUAUCGCCGGAACUACAAAUAACGCCGGCGCCGGCAGGACUCUAGGGCUGGCACAUCCACCUUGCAAGAGAGACGUCGAUUGUAGCUUUGAAUGUGCCAAGGGAGGAUUCUGCAACGAUCGUCUUGGGACAUGUGAUUGUUUCUAA